UCUUCGCUCGUUUCGUUUUACGUUUAUCCAUCAACCAGCCUUGUUUCUCGUUUGACUUGUUUCUCAAUUCGAGUUUAAAUAUGAUGUACUCAUUUCUAUGAUAAUCUUACCAGAAAGUUUUGUUUUUGCUAAAAGAGCUAUGUAAGCUUUUGUUAACGUUACAUAAAUAAUUCUAAGUCAAUAUUCCAUAGUUUCUCGUACUGUAAGGAUAAUAAUUACCAAAAAUCCAAAAUGAGUUUCGUAGACCUCGCAACGUUGACGAUGCAUCGCCGGAAUGAGCUCGAAGCUAGAAUAAAAAUAUUUUCCGAAAAAUGUGAUCGCGCGGUUGACGACAUAAACAAAUUAAAAUCGAAGACGCAAGGCUUUGUCCUGCAGCUAAACUGUGACCCGUCGGAGCUGAAAGAACGUUUUCUGAACUGUAUGAAGCAUCUAGACGAAUAUAUGUACCUUAUAACGGAUUUCAAUCUGGCUGUUUCUAUGAUGGACGAAUCAAGCACGGUGGAAUACACGCCUGUCCACGACACACCAUUGAAACCAGUCCCUCUGUCCCCUCUAAACACCUACAACCUGAUUGACGCUCUCAGCGAACCUUGUCCGUCUACAUCCACUGCCUGCACCAACCACUGUCCUCCAGAGAAACCUAAGAGAGUGAAGACUCCUAAAGCGGACCAGACCCUGAUAGUCUUCUCGAGUACAUCGUCCUCUGAGGAGACUGUCCCUCAAGCUAAGAAUGCUGUUGCUGUUAAAGAGGUCCAGUGUGUGUUAGAAGAGGAAGUUAAUAAUUUGAAGAUUGAAGAGUCUCCAUCUCCUCCAACUGCGGAGGACAGCAACCUGCCGGCGCAGACCAUGCUGGAGCUAGACCAGGGGUACGAGGCCACCAUCAUGCACGUCGACGGAGCCUUCUUCUGGGUCAUCACCGAUGAUACCGAUGAUGUACAAAGCCUCAUGGAGGAAAUGACAAAGUUCUACCGGGAGAACCACAAGCACAUCAGUAUGAAGGAGGUGAAAGCGCUCACUUGCUGCGCGUUCUACGACGAGGAAAGCGACUGUUACUACAGAGGACUGUUCCUUAAGCUCACGGAGGAGGACAGCCAAGCAGCAGAGAUAUUCGUCGUGGAUACGGGCGAGUUGAGAACCGCACCCAUCGACUGUGUGCAGCCGCUGUACUCGCGCUUCUGCGACAAGCCGCCCUACGCGCGCUGCUGCCAUCUAGCGGGGGUAGAUUUAGUGAGUUACCACAAUACAACGUUGAUGGAGAAACAUGAAAACUUCAUGAAGGAGUUCAUCGGCACAAAUUGUUCUAUAGAAGUCGACGACAAUACUUCAGAAUCUCUCGGAGUGUACGUGGUGCUUCCGUCAGGCGAAACUCUGAACAAAAUAAUUGUACAAGAAGGAUUAGCCCUACCAAUAGACAAACCAGUGGAUGACGACCCGCCGGUUGAGCCCGAGACGCCCGCUGACGCUGACUAUGACAUCACUCAGUGCCCCGAGUACGAAGACCCCGUGGAAGCUGUUACGGGUUACCGCAGCAGAGACGAUGCAGAUAUCUGUAAGCACUUCAAAGGAGGUCCUGAUAAAACUUGUUUUAAAGGGAAACGGUGUAAUAAAAAACAUAUUCUCAAACAUCCUGACGGCUGGACCCUAGACCGUAUAGAAGUGUUGGGCAAGGUGAAGUCGCUGCCGCUGCCGGCGCCGGGCAGCUGGCACAAGGUGCUGGUCACGUGUGUCGCGCACUACGACAGGCUGUUCGUGCAGCUCGUCAGCGACAGGACGCAAGAAGAGCUGCCCAGUUUCGGCUGUGUGGUGCCGCUGACCACGCUUGCUGCUUUGGUUCGGGAUAUGAACAGCCCGGCCACGAAGGCCGCAUAUAAACCACUGACGGUAACGCCCGCGGAAGGCGAGUUGGUCGCAGCGUUGUAUCCACCGGACUGCAACUGGUAUAGAGCGCGAGUACUCUCUGUACAACGGGCCGACCAGAGUGUAGAGGUGAUGUACAUCGACUACGGCACAGUCCUGUGGGUGAAGGAGGAGCAGCUGCGGCUGCUGUCGGCGCGCCACACGGCGCUGCCGCGGCAGGCGCUGCGCGUGGCGCUGGCGGGCGCGCGCGCCGCCUCGCCCUGCUCGCGCCAGUGGGCGCGGGCCAAGCGCGCGCUGCACGACAUGGCGCUCGACAAGACAUUCGACGCUCACGUCAUCUCUCGAGACUACGACGAGAUAUCCGCAGAACUCUUCGAUGCAGACGGCUACAGCGUGGCGGAGCAGCUGGCGGCCAUCCACAUGGUGGAACUGACGGAGUACUCCGUUGUGGACGACACUGACGUCUCACACAAAAUCGUUGUCCCGUAGAUGUACACAAUAGGUACAUUUUCCCUCCACAAAUCGUAAGAAUGUUACUUCAAAAAUUGUCGUCGAUAAUAAGUGCUUUAUUUCGACUCCAUUCUUGUUGUAAUUAAACCAGUGAGUUUAUAUCCUAUUAUGACUGCUGCACUUUUAACUCUCGUUAAAAACUUGUUAGCCAAGUCAUUCUUGCUAGGUGAAGACCUAGGGUUCAAAACCCUCUAUUUUUAUAUUAACUCUGGAAAAUAGAUAAAUAUCAUGUAAGCGCACACUUAGGACUGAUAUUGUAUGUCUGCUGCCGCAAAUCUCUUUAGAUAUCGCACUGCCUAUAUAGUGGCCAAAACGUGUUGACCAGAGAGUAAAAUAGAGCAUUUUACAACAGAAUUACUAUUAUAAUCCAAUGAUUUGUAAAUUAUCAACGUGAUUGAAUACAUAAGUUUAGGUCUUACAAUUUAUUCAUAAAGUAAGAAGCACUGCUAGAUUUCGCCUUAUUAGGUAAUAAUGCUAUUUUUUUUAGAAAAUUUAAAUCAUAAUUGGGUUAUUAGAGGUCAAUCAUAUAGUUUUGAUGACACCUGAAAAAAUUAGGACAUAUUUUUUUUAAUUAGGCUGAUUGACACUCGCUGCCUACUCAUAAAUGCGCACAGUGUAUGACUUUUUGUUGUAUCAGUACUUGAUUGUACUAAAAUUAGAAAGAGGAUGUCAGGUAAGACAUUUGGUAUAGAAGACUGGUUGUAAAAGUUGUAACUUCAAUUCGUAUUAAAACGAUAUGCCUUAGUGCACACUGCGGAAAACAUUUACGAAUUUUAUGAUUUUCGCAGUGCGCCCUGAGACUAAGUUGGCGAAUGUCAGAAAUGUUAGGAAAA